UAGAAAACCACUUUACUGGGUAUCCAAUGGAAAAGAAUGUCCGAUAGAUGUGAGACUUGUGGGAGUUGUACUUAAAGGUUGGAAUUUUCUCUCCGUAUUAUUAAGGCUCUUUGCUUUCUCUCUUAUAACACCGGAUACCAGAUGCAGCAGAGAGCUCCAGUGACAGCUGUGCAUGACAGCAGAUGGACCUAUGACAUUAAGGCAAUAUAGUUAAUUUCAUUCAAAUGAUUUGUGAUGGAGAUCAAAGAUGAUCAGAUUACAGAAUAUACACAAAUUAACAGACUGUCUGAAGGGGCUAUAACUACCCUAUCAAACUCAAUAGAAGGUGAUUUGACAAAACCAAAUGUUCUUAAAAUCAAAGCGGAGUCACAGAGUGAAUAUACAUUUAUAUCUAUUAACCAAUGUGUUGAAGAAAACAGAGAGAGCAUACAUAGGAAUUUACCAGUUAUAAAAUAUAAUUUUGGGGACGAAGGUGAGCCUAUUAAAAAUGAAUGCCCCACAAACACUCUUUAUAAAUACUGUGAAUGCCAGAAAUGUUUCAAAAAUACGUUGCACAAGAUUGUUGAUUUGGAAAAAAAGUUGCUUGCUUGUACAGAAUGUGGGGGACACUUGUACCAAAUCAAUGAAUUUUUCCCACGACACAGUAUGCAAACAGGAGAUAAACAGUUCACAUGUAUUGAUUGUGGGAAAAGGUUUAGUCGGAAUGGAAGUCUAAUUAGACAUCAACUAAUCCAUACAGGAGAAAAAAUGUUUGCGUGUUCAGAAUGUAGGAAAUCUUUUGUCAAUAGCUCCGAUCUUAUCAGACACCAAAGAACUCACACAGGGGAGAAACCAUUUGUAUGUAGUGACUGUGAUAAAUGUUUCAGCCGAUCGUGUCUACUGAUUGCGCAUAAAAAAAUCCACACUGGAGAAAAGCCAUAUGAAUGUUUUGACUGUGGGAAAUGUUUUACUCAGAACAUAAAUCUUGUUCGACAUAAGAGAAUUCACACGGGAGAAAAACCAUUUGAAUGUUCUGACUGCGGAAAAUGUCUCAGCCGUGCUUCCCUUCUCGUUGAACAUAAAAGAAGUCAUACAGGACAAAAACCAUUUGCGUGCUCAGACUGUGAGAAGUGUUUUAGCCGUGCGUCUUUACUCGUGGCGCAUAAGCGGAUUCAUACAGGUGAAAAACCAUUUGCAUGUUCGGAUUGUGGAAAACGCUUUACCCAGAAAUCAAACCUCGUUAAACAUCAGUUAAUUCAUACAGGAGAAAAAACAUUUGUUUGUCACGAUUGUGGGAAAUGCUUUAUGCAGCAUGCUUACCUUAUGAAACAUCAGAUAAUUCACACUGGAGAAAAAACAUAUGCUUGUUCCGACUGUGGGAAAUGUUUUAUACGUACCUCAGAUCUUCUUACGCAUCAGAGAAUACAUACAGGCGAAAAACCAUUUGCAUGCUCAGAUUGUGAGAAAAGUUUCAGUCGCGCCUAUCUUCUUGUUAUACAUCAACGUAUACACACAGGCGAAAAACCUUUUGUAUGCUCCGUGUGUGGUAAAUGUUUUACUCAGCAUUCCAAUCUUGUUAAACAUAAAAGGAUACAUACUGGAGAAAAGCCAUUUUCAUGCUCUGAAUGUGGAAAAUGUUUUACUCAAAACUCAGAUCUUAUCAUACAUCAGAGGAUUCACUCCGGGGAAAAACCAUUUUCUUGUUCUCAGUGUGGGAAAUGUUUUAUCAGCCCAUCAAAUCUCGUUAUACACGAGAGAAUUCACACGGGAGAGAAACCUUUUCCAUGUACUGUAUGUGGAAAAUCAUUUAUCAGUUCCUCAAAUCUUGUCACACAUCAAAAAAUUCAUGCAAGAACAGAAAUUACUUAUACAGUCUAAAUACAAACUUACCUACAAAUGUUGUUUAGUUGACACUGUUUUUUACAUGUUUAAUUUAUUUUAGUUUGUAAUAUAAGUACAUAAAGUGUCAAAUUUAACUUAA